AUGAUGGUGGAGAAUAGUUAUGGUUACGCUAGUGGAGGCACCGGAGAAAGGAUACAGUUACUGAUGGACGGUCAAGGCAAGGCGGUUCCUGCGCCAUUUCUGACCAAAACGUAUCAGCUUGUCGACGAUCCAGCGACGGAUCAUGUCGUGUCUUGGGGAGACGAUGACACUACUUUCAUCGUCUGGCGUACACCGGAGUUUGCUCGUGAUCUUCUUCCUAAGUACUUUAAACACAACAACUUCUCUAGCUUCGUUCGUCAGCUCAAUACUUAUGGUUUCAGAAAGAUUGUUCCAGACAGAUGGGAGUUUGCCAACGAGUUCUUCAAGAGAGGAGAAAAGCAUUUACUAUGCGAGAUCCACCGGAGAAAAACAUCUCAGAUGAUCCCUAACCAACACUCUCCCUUCAUCACUCACCAUCCUCCGCCGCAGAUUCCAUUCUCCGGCGGCGCUUCUUUCUUCCCUUUACCACAGCGUGUCGACGCUGCCGCCGAAAUGGACGACCAUUACUGGUGCGAAUCUGAGCCGCCGAGACCACGAGUCAUAGCCACCACGGUGGAUGCGCAAGUCGCCGCUUUAACCGAAGACAACGAAAGAUUAAGACGGAACAACACUGUCCUUAUGUCGGAGCUUGCUCAUAUGAAGAAACUCUACAACGACAUUAUCUACUUUGUUCAGAAUCAUGUCAAGCCUGUUGCUCCAAGUAACUCUUACUUACCAUCUUUCCUACAGAAACAGCAACAAGCUCCCCCUCCUCCUCCACUCGAUUAUUACAAUAAUGCCACUGUCCCAAAUCAGUCUCCUCCUACUUCUCAAAGCUCCAUUAGUGUUCUUGAAGAUGAGACUAACCAUGAGAGUAAUACGAGGAAGACAAAGCUUUUUGGAGUUUCGUUGCCUUCGUCCAAGAAAAGAUCACAUCAUUUUUCACAUCAGAGUAGCAAAACUCGACUGGUGUUGGAUAAUUCAGAUCUUGGACUGAAUCUCAUGACUGCCUCUACACGUUAAAGUAUUUUGUUUCUUUUGUUUUAUCUCGUUAAGUAUCAGCAUUAUUAGCACUAAUGU